CCUCUUCUUCUUCUUCUUCUCCUCCUCCUCCUCCUCCCUCCCUCUUCUUAUUCUUCUUUCCCACCGUGUACUAUUCCUUUGUCAUCACCUCCACCUUCUUCAAAUCACCUUGUUUUCUGUUACCCAUGUUCCUAUCGCCAUGACCUACCCUCUCUUCAAACACAUUUCUAUUUGCUGCUUGCGAUCAUCGACCCGAACCCACUCUCGGAAGCCCGAAGUCCAUUACGGAUUUCCGAGUGGUGUUCAACAAGCGAACCGUCGUCGUAAUGGUAGCGGACCUGAAUUGGAGGACGAGAUUCCAGCGGCGCGGAGAAAGACGCUAGUAUCCCUCUCGCGUCGGCCAGCGCUGUAGUGUUGGGAGGUUCUUUAUAGAACCUGACCCCACAUGUUUAAGGGACUUUAUCUAUGUUUGAAGGAGAAAGGACAAGGAAUAGAAAUAUAUAAAGAUGCUUCAUAGAGUGAAAGCGGACACGAGUUUAAGAGAAGUAGAAAUAAGUAUAAAAAAUGAAGAGGUUUUCAUUCUAUAAAACAUCACAGGUCUGUUAUUGUUGUGAAUCAGAUACAUUCAGCCACAUGCGCCAAAUUAGAAAGUAAACCUAUUUAUUGCAUCAUCUUGGGUUACAAUUUAGAAAACGAAUGUAUUGACCUUGAUGCAGAUGGUAUUUCGUAUAAUUUAUCAUUAAACCACGAUAAUGAUGAUGAUGUUAAUAAUUUAAUGACAACAAUGAUGGUGAUGACGAUAAUGAUGCUGUUGAAAUAUCUCCGAACAACUGACGAUGACAAUGGUGAUAGUGGUGAUUCUAAGAUAUCUAAGCAAAUAUAUCAAUUGGAGCGUUGGCGAAAAUGAUUAUGAUAUAUAUCAAACCUUUUAACAUCGAAGAGUUGAUUUUUUAUAUUCGUAUAGCAUAUACUCUGUAUUAGUUCGAAGUUCAUUACUCUAUUAUUUUAAGUGGUUAAAAGGUCAUAUAAUCGUUCUAUUCCUGGCAUGUAUUUUCUGUUAAUAAUAUUCUGUUUAGGCCUAUGUCAUUCAAUUCAAAAGAUUUGUAAGUAAAAGUGAAAACGUUGAAUCAUGAGCCAUCUCAGCAUCAUGAUCAUAAACAUCAUCACAACAAAAAUUAUCAUCAUGAUCAUCACCAUCAUCAUCGUCAUCACCAUCAUCAUCUUCAACAUCAAUGUCACCAUCAUCAUCAUUCCAAUCGCUAUCAUGAUCAUAUUCUCUAUUAAAAACAGCAUAAAUUACUCCAUCAUAAAUUGAAUGUAACUUUGACCCCAAACCCCCAUCUUGGUUUAACCAUGGACCUGGUUUAACUGUGCUCAGUUAUGUAAACAUAUCGAAUUUCUCCCCACAGUCUGUCUAAUUUAUCGAACAAACAUUUUCUAAUCUCCCGCCCGAAACUAGGACAUUCGUGCUAAGCUCCAAAAGACGUUGACCUGUGUAGGUUAACGCGUAGUCUGUUUAAAACUAAAGCAUAUGGCAGGUUAACAAUACAUGGCAAUAUACCCCCUGUUCUGCACACACAGAAUUGUUACAAUGAAGUUGUUACUUUGAACAGGUAGUUAGUGAGACAAUUGCGCAUGCGUUGUGGAACGUAACAAAGGCUUUCAUACAUGGUUGAGCGAGCUGAGUCCUGUAGGGGUUUUACGUGUAAUGCUAUUGUAAUGUCAUUGAGGGGAGAGAGAGAAAGAGGGAAAACGGGGGCAUAAUAACAGAGUGUGUAUGGUUUCAUUGGCAGUGUAGUCAGUUCGAGUUUUGGAGGGGUAGAGAAAGGGAGAGAAAGAAUAUAGCGCGAUUCGGGACCAGUUACAGCUGUCUAAAUACGGACUAGAUAUUCGCCGAGGCGAGUUCGCUCCCAUCGCCUCGCUUUUUGCUUACGCCUCGUUAAUUUACUGUCUCCGAUAAAAUUUCUUCUCCUAGCGACCAGCCAGCAAUAUUUCUUCACAUUUUCUUCAUCAUCGUCUCAUAACUUUGUACGGAGUGAGUCAUCUAACAUCAGUAAUUCAAAUACUACUGUUGGCUGUAUACAGCGAAGGGGGGCUUGUGAUAAUAAUACGGCUUCUACACACCAAUGCCUUUUCUUUAUCGUUUAAAAGAAGAGUAGGGAUUUCGCGCUACCCAGGGCCCGAUUUUGCUGGGGGUUGGUUGAGUCAACACUCGCUCGCUGCCAGCUGAUUUUCCCGAGCUAGCUUGUUUCGUCGGGGAAAAAAAGGUAGUCGCUCGGAAGAAAUUGGUCGCCAAGACGCGGAGAGAAGCUUCGUAGCAAAGAAAUAUCACCGGACGACACACACAUCACACACACGCGUACGUACGUGCGCUAGAGAAGGCCAUGAACUUGGAGUAAGCGGGAGAGACCACAUUAUCAUUUAUUAUCAUUUUCUUGGAGUUUAAGGUCCAGCGGCUCGCACACGCGAACGCCGCUAACCGCCUAGCCCAGUAGUACAGAUGCUUUCAAGUGAGUUAGUUGGCUUAGAAACAAGUGGCGUUCUUAGUGAUAGCGCUACUGCAGCUUCUCUGCAUACCAUACCUGAUACCCAUUCGUCUUCAGUAGCACCCGGCUUAAACCCGGGCGAUUUCUUUAACGCCACGGAUUUCGCGGUGAGUCGCCACUCCAGACCCGGUGGAGGUUUUUCCGGGUUUGGAGGCAUGUUGGAGUCGGAUUUUCGCGGGGCUUCGGCCGCCGACUAUGGUAUGGGGUCUGCGCUCGGCAUGAAUUCCUUCCAAGGAGCGCCGAGCAUCAACAGCAUGUCAUCGGGGAGUUAUACGACGUUAACCCCUCUGCAGUCGUUGCCGCCCAUUAACACAGUGGCGGAUAAGCUGAGACAUGACACAAACGUUAGCACGGGAUUCUCGUUAAUGAACAGCUCAAACUUAGCCAUGAAUAACUAUGAUAAACUUGGAGGUAUGAACAUGGGAAUGGGGGUUGGGGUCGGGGGAUCAAUGGCUGGAUCAAUGGCUGGAUCAAUGGCUGCCAAUUCCAUGUUGAACGGAUACGGCCACCACCAAGCGAUGGCUGGGUAUGGUAGCCCCCAUCACGGCACCUGUUCCCCGAGUGAACCCCGGUACGCAGCCUCCAUGAACGGCUACGACCAAUUCACUCACAACGCCCAACACAUGCGAGGUUUCGCCCAUCAUCAUCCCCAAAGAACUGGUCUUACAGCCCCGAUGGUCCUAAAUGGUCUAUCGGGACACCCUCAUCACGCCCCCUCGCCUUCGAUCCCACCACCGGGAAGCCGCGGCGGCGAGAGAGGGUCCGUUUCGUCGAGAGACGGCGGGCAAGCCGGAGAGGAGAUCAACACGAAAGAAAUCGCAGCAAGGGUGACAAGUGAACUCAAAAGAUACAGUAUACCGCAAGCGGUGUUUGCACAAAGGGUCCUGUGCCGGUCUCAAGGAACUCUCUCGGACCUGCUGAGGAACCCCAAACCAUGGAGUAAGCUAAAGAGUGGACGGGAGACGUUCAGGAGAAUGUGGAAAUGGCUUCAAGAACCCGAGUUCCAGAGAAUGUCUGCUCUUAGAUUAGCUGGCUCGUCUAUGGCCGGAUCUCAAAUAGCUCAGACCAUUAAGUCCUGCAAGAAAAAGGAAGACGAUGCCAAGAGCCCCUCGCAGAACAGUCACAUCAAGAAACCACGCCUGGUCUUCACCGACCUCCAGCGCCGCACCCUCCACGCCAUCUUCAAAGAGAACAAGCGCCCUUCGAAGGAGAUGCAGAUCACCAUCGCACAGCAGUUGGGUCUUGAGCUCAGCACCGUCAGUAACUUCUUCAUGAACGCCAGGAGGCGGAGCCAAGACAAAUGGCAGGACGAGAUGGGCGGGGUUGGUGGUAAUGUGGGCGGGGCACCCGGAGGAGGCGGACAACAUCCCAACCAGGGCUCUCUAACACCAAAGUCAGAGUACAAGGCGUAGGAGUCACGGUGAUGAUGACAUGGCUGGGGCACUUGAGAGAGAUAGGCGGGGCUGUGGUAUCCAUGCGUUUCUCUCUACCAAAGAUCGUCAUUGCCUGUGCUGGUCCGAAGAGCAUGUGUGUGAGCUAUUACUCUUUUCCAAAAGCCUAAGUCGAGUCGGGAUCGACCUCGCCAGUAGACCUGAACCAAAACAGCAUCAGCUUCGAGAAACCCAAGUCUACAUCAUCAGAUCAAAGGCCUUUAUACCUUAAGCUGCUCUGGUUGACUCCUAUCUCCUGCAACCACUUCAAGGAGCAUCUACCGCCGACCCUCCAAGGUAGUGGUGCGGUCUGCUGUUACCAUGGCGACGAUGUUGCAUCAUCGUUUGGUCAUCUGGAUGGACAUUCAAAGGCUGGAGAAUGAUUUAUUUAUUUCCAUUGGAAUCUAUCAAACUACUUUCUACAGGGUUGGACUAAUUUAUUUCUAUAGUGUGCUGUGUGCAAAAAGGGUUUCUUUUCCGUCUUGAGGCUAUAAGUGCAGUGUGCAAAAUGGGCGGGGCUAUCUCUGUAUUUCUUUGCUAAUGCCUGCAUACAUUAUUACUUGGACAUAUCACUCAUGUAUACUGAAUAUCAGCAUUUCUUGAAGCAAAUUAUUUCAUAUCUUUUGCCUGACAGCACAUUUUUAUUCUUGCUCAUCAAAAUUGAAAUCAAAUUUAACAUUUUACUGGCUGAAAGUUGUUCUGAAAUUGAAACAUUGGGCUGAAAUUGUAGGAUGCAAAUUGCAAUAUGUUUUGCACAAUGGUGAAAUAAGUAAAUUGCUAUAAAACAAAAAUGCUUACACAUUAUUUAUUUAACAGAAUGAACAGAAAAGUGUUGUUAACAUUUUGCUGGGGUUAUGGUCUACAAGUAGAGAUUAAAGCUCUCUGGUCGUUAGAGGGCAACAUUUCACUUGUAUUCUCUACUGUAAAGGCACAGUGAGAGAAUUUAGAAUGUGUGCUCUUCAAAAAUGGAGAUGAAUUUUCUGCAAUAAAAUUUGGAUGUUUUCUAAGUUUUUCAUGUCUACCUCUACAUGUUGAGAAAAAAAAGAAGAUAAUGAGAUGUAAAUGUAUUCAGAUUAGAAAUAGAAAUAGAUUAUGAAUAUUCAUUAUCUAUUUGCAUAUUAAGAGAUUAUAGUGUACGUUAGUGGUAUGCAUUUUGGCUAUCAAUGGUGAAUUGUGUUUAAAUUAUUUCACAUUCUGUCUAACUGUCCAUUAUUUGAACUAAAAGUAUUCUUUUGUUUAAACUCUGCUCAAUUUCCUUAAAUUAGCUUAAAAACUAGUUGCAAUUCAUAAAAUAUUUACAAAAAUAUUCAUUAUAAUUGUUGUUAUGAAUGCUUUGCAAUAAAUGUUUUAUUAUCAAGGGAUAUAUAUUUCCAUAUGUAGCCUGAAAUAUUUCAUAAAAUGUUUAUUCAUGAUGGUUUUUCCACUUUGGUCGAAACAUACAUUCCCAUAAUGGAUAACCAUUCUACUAAUAUCAUUCUAAACUUUUCAUUAUUCCGAAUUUUGACUGAUAUUUGUGUUAAAAACCCUUUGCAAGGGAGCUUAGCAUUCUAUGACAGUAUGUGUACCAAUGUAGCGAAAGAGGCUGGGAGAUCUGUUAUAGAAUUUGUUAGAAAUUACCAAGAGAUUUUGAAGUAUUUCUAAAUUACCAUAUUUCUUUCACAUUCCAUAAGUAUUGAAAUCUCUAUUAUAUGUAUAUCUGCUUCGUGAGAAAAGGAUGAUUUUUGAAAUAUUAUUUAUUCACUGUAUUAUUAUGUUCUUACAUUUUGUGUGCUGUGCAAAAGUAGAGACUUUGUAAAUCUCAACACGGGGGCAAUUAUUUGAAGGAAAAAGUAUUUUACAUGUACACUGUAUUAUGAGUAGACUUUUUUUUUUCACCAUUCCACAUACUUUUGUUCAUACACAUUUUGCAGUGCAGUUUAAUAGUUUGUAGAUGAAAUAGUUAGCCAAUGACUUGUGUCUCUAGUUGUUUAAUUUCAUUAUUUUGUUUCCAUUUCAUACUAUUUGCCAGUGUGAAAGAAUUAGUCUUUAUUUCAGACCUUGUUGCUGCAUUAUAUGGUUGUUUGAAGGUAUGACAAAGAACCUUUUUUUUAAAGCCAUCAUUUUGACCAAACCUAACAAAUCUGACUUGCAUUCUAAAACAUUCAUAAUGUUUUUAUUUGUGUAAUUUCAUCAGACCUGUCCCUUAGAAAAUACAUUUCUUUUAACCUUUGAGAAUUUGAGAUGAUUCUAAACAUUUUCACAAUUAACAUCAAAGUUACCCAAAGCUAGAACAGCUGAUAAAUUGGCUUUAAGUGCUUAAACAAAAUUUUGAUCAGGUUUCAGUUUGAAAUUGCCCAUUUCUAACUAUUUUUCCUUUUGUUAGAGAAAAAAAAUGAAGUAAAUACUGAAAAAGCGAUAAUUCUUGCCUCUUUGAUCUCUAAUGCCGUUAAAGCCAUUAAAUUGGCCGUUUGAAGCCAGAAGGUUAUUAACGCAUACAUUAAUAGUGCAUUGACCCCUUUCGGGCUUCAAGCAGCCAAUAGAGAGAGAGAUCCAGCUUUGCCAGUCAUAUUGCAGCAGGCAUUUUUGUUUUGGAGUGCUUUUUUAAACCAUAUUUUCUCAAUUUCAUGUCCCAAUAAGUAAUUGAAUUUAAUCAUAAUCUUGAUAUAAAAAGUUUUUUGAAUAUACUUGUACAACAAGGGAGUUUCAAUCUUCUGUUUUUGUCAAGUAGUGAAUUUGCAUGUGCCAUUUACAUUAAGAUCAACCACUAUGGUAACAUCUGCCAUUUUGUGUUGAUGAGUUUUAGCUAUUUAUAAAUCAAUAUAAAUCGUUAAUCUAUUUUGCUAAUUGCCUACAGAAAAGCUUUAGCAAAACAUAGUUAACUUUUCAUUUUUAUUUUGUCUUUCAAUGUCCUAUCAUAUUCUUGUCCUUUAAAACAUUUUGAUUAGCAUUUUUUUUGGAAGGGGGGGGGCGAUUUGUUUGAUUUACCUCUGCUGUUAAAAUGAAAUGUGAAAUUCGAUUUGUGAAAUGUUAAAUCUAUAAAUUGCCAUAUGAGAAAAGCAGGGUCAUUUUUGUAAAGGAGAUAUUUGUUAUAAAUUGUGUUAGUCUGAUUUUGACAAAAAGGCUGUAUCCAUUUCUCUUUUUAAGUGUAGAUAAUAUCCCCAAACUAUGUUAUUUGUAUAUAUUGUACCAGAGUUGGAAAUUACCUUUUAUUGUGAGUGACAAUUUUCUUUUUUUAAACAACCAAAAUACCUGUGUGCGUGUGAGUUUUUGUGCAAUAUAAAUUUGUGUAUAUACACAAUAUGAUGCUA